AUGCCGUCUUCGAAGGCGAGAUCGAGUCCUUCCGCUGAGCGUCGCGACCGUCUGACUUUGGCAAGGCUGGCAAGUUACGAUGAUGUCGCAACCGAUGCGCUCGUUGAUCGUGCCCACUUCUGGACGAAUACUCGAAAGAACCGGACGAAAUACAUUCCUUUACGGCGGGUCAAGGAUGAUGAGAUCGCGAACAUCCUGCUCCACGAUGUGAUCGUGAAGAAGGAUGUGCCAACCGCCGAGCGGAAAUUUUUGGCCAUGGACGGACUGAAGCGGUUCAUGGCGAAGCUGCCAAACGACCGCGAAAAGGAGUGGUUCACCCGACACUUACGCAAAUACAUCCAGAUGUAUCUGCCGGAUUCGCCCUUCGAGGUCACCACGACGAAUCGCUACCUGAUCACCGAGCAUGAGGCGGCCAUCUGCGCCCGUAAGUUCAUCAAGCAAGGUGAGGAGAUCAAGUACCUCAGCGGCACCUUGGUGCCCAUGACCCGGGAGGAGGAGCAGGACUUGGAUUUGAAGAGGAAGGAUUUUAGCAUCGUGAUGUCGAGCCGGAGGAAGACCCCGUCGUUCUUUCUGGGCCCGGCGCGCUUCGCCAACCACGACUGUAAUGCUAAUGGUCGGUUGGUGACGAGGGGCAUGGAGGGGAUGCAGGUUGUCGCGAUCCGGGACAUUUACAUCGGCGAGGAGAUUACGGUCUCGUACGGCGAAGACUACUUUGGCAUUGACAACUGCGAGUGCCUGUGCUUGACGUGUGAACGUGCCGUGCGGAAUGGGUGGGCGCCUUCCGAGCCCAGCGACGAGCCUGCCUGUGCGGACACUGGCCUUCUAACCCCUCAGAAACGCAAAUAUGCCCCCGAUACCGAAUCCGAACGCUCGCCAUCCUGCACCCCUCGCAAACGCACAAAAUUCACCCGACAGAGUUCGAAGCUGCGAUCGGAGCUGUUGCUUUCCGACGCCCCCGCAUCCCCCGAGUCCGCGACAGGUCUGUCGUCCACGAACGCCGGUUCCUCAGCACCUAAUACCAGGAGCCGGAAAGCUGAACUCAAAAGCGAGGCUCUCAACGAGGUCUGCAUCCAGAGUCCCAGCGCCACUGACUGCACGUCGCCUAGCUCGCUUGCCGGGGACGAAUCUCACCACUCAGCGUCCACUGUUGCAACGUCCAUUGGUGAAUUUUCCGUCCAGAUCAAAAUCGAGGAGUCCACCGAGGCCUCGGUUCGAGAUACGGUACUGAUUGGCAAAGAUGAGCUUGCCACCCCCGGUGCAAGUCACCCCGAUGGAGAAAGGCACCUCGCGUCUCGUGAACAUGAUGCCCUAUCAGAUUUAUCCGAGUCCUUGGAGCUAGACGAGAAGCUUGGAACUGUGGUCGAGAAACUAAACAAGGCGCGGAAGCGAGGUGUCGUUCCUUCGGUCGAGGUUGAGUCACAGCGGGCUCGAGUCCCCGGAGACUAUACCAAGACCCCAAGGUUGCUCGCACAGGUUUACGAUCGGUGGGUAGACUGCCGCACUUGUACUGCUUGGUUCGUCCAGCAAGAUUCCUACCUGACCAGACGUGAAUGUCGUCGAUGCGAACGGCAUUCGAUGCUAUAUGGCUUCCAGUGGCCCAAAACUGACAAGGAGGGUCCCAACGACGACGAAGAACGGGUCAUGGACCAUCGGGUCAUCCACCGAUUCCUUUCCCCCGAAGAAGAAGCCCGUGUCUCUCGCAAGGAUCGCGGUGUCAGUUUUGGCGUGACUCCGACUCCGGAACUGUCGGAGCCACGCACGGAGACAGACGAGAGCGAGGCGUGCGAUGAGCGUCGCAGCACGCGAGCCAGCAGGCAGCGGACCCGAGCAAUGCGGAUGACCUAUUAA